UUUCAGGUAAGUAAAAAUGGAAUAGGGAGAAGUGGAAAGGGAGAUAGAAUUGAAGGAAAGGAGAGUUUAGAGAAGAGAUAUAAUCAUUUAUGCGUAUUCUAGAUGUUUUAGAAAGGAUUUUAGACAUAGACAAUAUGCUUUGAGGUACUUUUGAUGUGUAAAAUGGAGGAACUCAUCAAAUUUAAUUUCAAAAAAUUAAAGAAUUUGAAAGAUUCUAGACUUCAAAUAAUUAUAAAUGAAACGGUUUAGCUAUUUAAUGGGACUUUUUCGUUAAUAAAUCGAAGACUUCUAUCCACUACAUCAUUUUCUAAAUUUAACAUCUUCAGUUAGCUAACUUUUCUGGUUAAAGAUGUUUAUUGUUAUUAGGAUAAUCUAUGCAGGAAAACGCAAUAAAGAGUGAUUAAGACCACUAAUUAGUUAUUUCCUCAUUUAGUCAUUUUAAAGCCUCUUGCUGGUGAAGAGUCUGGUCUGAAUGGGAGUCUCACUAUAUUCUAAUUAUUUUGAUAUCUUCAUAAUUUAUAUCUCUUAUUUUUAACCCAAAACAUCUUUGAUUUUUAUUGCAAAGUCUAGAACAGAUUUGCUAGAUCGUUAUUCUCUGAUCCCUGGGUUUUUAUCUACAGCUAAGUUACGGGAGUUACGAAUUUUAUAAAGUCACCCAGUAUAGAUUAGGACAAGGCGCUGUAGGAUAUGCUACAGGUACUAGGGAUAAGACUCAUUCAUAUUUACUUAUCUCUAUACUGUAUGGUGAUUUCAAUCAGUUAGUUUUCAAAUCUACACAAAAGAGAAAUUUUAAAAAUUCUCCAAUAAAUUUAUGAAGUACUUACUUGGCUAAUAAUUAUGAGGGGAUGCUGACUUAAUUUUUAAGCAAAUUUAUCGGCAGAUAUGUGUUCUUUAGACUAGCAGCUGCGUCUGAAUAUUUUAGGGAAUGAUCUUACCCUAUGGCAAUGCAAUUGCAAAUCGAUUCUGUCUGAAAGUGGCCUAGUAGAACUUUUAGUAAACUUUAUGUAAAUUUUUACUCCUCAAUGCCAAUUUUGGUAAGCUGACUCUAGCCUCUUUAUUAACAAGGCUGAGUUAUUAGUUGCCCAUUAUUAAUAAUGUCGUGUUGUGAUGAUUUGAUUAUAAUAUUUGUUAUUUUUAGCAAUAGUAAAGUUGUUUGUUUGGGUUUAUUCAACAUCCUAGCACUAAGGAUGUUUUAAAUUAUUGACUUUUAACCUUAUUUCUCUGGUGAAAGUUUGACUAGAAGUCAGGCACUCCAUUAUUAUAGCCCAUUCUUUCUUAUUUAUUUGUCUUUCAACAGUUUGGCUGGAUGAAUAUUUUCGAUCAUAUGGUCAUUAGGAUAAGGAACCUAGUAUUAGAAGAUAUCAUGGAUACCGAUAAAUACGAACUCAAGAAGAUGUUUUCUUGGUCAAAGAACUACAACAAUGGACCUUGGACUAAUGAAGAGCAUGCUCUGUUUAUCAAAUGACUUAAAGAGCAUGGAAAAGAUUGGCCAAAGCUUAAGGAAAUGAUUCCUACUAGAACCAGGACUCAGAUAAAGUCUCAUUGAAGAAGAUAUUUUUCUCAAGUUAAGAAACACUUCAAUGUACAAGAUCCCAUGGAAUACAUUCUGAAUAAUCCAUGAGAAAACCCAAGGAUAUACAAAAGAGACAGAUAUGGAUCUCAAGACAAAGAGAAGGACUGUAGAAAGGACCCUAAGGAGGCCAUAUUUGUAGAAAAAAGCAUGACAGAUUCUAAUAAAGAAUUUAAGAAGACUCAUAACAAUGCUUCUAAGUUCGACGGAAAGCAUGAAAAAUUCAAACUAUUAAAUAAACGCAGUUUAAAAAGCCUAUUAAAGGCUUCUGAAGACUCAGAAAUAGGUACAGAUAAAAUGAUGACUUAUGAACAAGUAGAGUCACCAAGCAGGCAAGAGAUGGGAGGACUUAGAUCAAUAAACAAAGAUAAAAGAGAAUUUACUCUUUAUCAAUCGAAUCAGAGUUCACAAAAAUAUUUUCCCUCAGAGUACCCCAAUUACUCUUACAGUCCUGAUAAGUCACUAUUAGUGAAGAAUAGUCAGACCGAGGUUUCUGGGAAUCUCAAAAGCUCCAAAGCAACAUGGCCAGCUAAGCCUGCUCAAUAUUUGGAUUCUUUUGUUCAUCCUGAACAAGAUUUGAAUUUGAGCAUUAACUUCAUUAUAGAGAGUAAUCUAAGCUCUUAUUGCUUAUGUCAAUUCUCUAACUUAGGAACCCAUACUAAUCAGAGGUCAUACUCUAACCUCUCUUCCUAUAACCACUCAGAUACUAAAAUAGUCGAUGAGAAGCAAGCUCUCCUGCAGCGGGAACAACUAAGCACCAAAGAAGUCGAGCUGUUGCUUCCAUAUUUUUGCUUAUGUGAUCAAUAAAUUUUAAAUA